CCUGCUCAGUUGAGGUCGGAACCUAUCAGCUAGGGGACUAUCUCGACAAGACACCGUGUUGUCACUUUGUCGGCCACAUGCGCACACAUGCGAGCACCAAGAUGGCGGCGGAUCCGGAACAACUGGAGGAGAUGUGAGCAGUUAGAAGUAUAAUGAAUUAUGGGGAGCACGGGUGUCCGCAUACAUUUGAUGAUGGUUAUGAGAAGUUUCUAGAGCAGAAAGAAAAACUUGCUUCCCUUGAAAAUUCUGGUGACGCGAGCGAAGAGGAAGUAGAAGAUGAAGAAGAUGAAGAUGAUGAUGGAUGGUACUGGGAAGAUGAGAGAACAAAUCUUGUUAAGCACUUAUGUGGAAGAGGAUCUAACCCUCAGGCCAACAGGCAAGAUAUGCAACACGGUUCAUCUAAAGUAUAUACAGUGACGGAUAAGGUUUUACAGAAGUAUGAAAAUAAAAUUAAUCUAGGUAGACUUAAUCUGUCUGAUUCGGUUAUGAAUAAAGUCACAGAAAAAUCCAGACAAAAGGAAUCAGACAUGUAUCGAGUUAAAGAUAAAUCUGAUAGAGCUACAGUUGAACAGGUGCUAGACCCGAGGACACGGAUGAUUCUCUUUAAGAUGCUUACAAGAGGGGUAAUAUCUGAAAUAAAUGGCUGCAUCAGCACGGGUAAAGAAGCUAAUGUCUACCAUGCAAGUACUACAGAUGGACAAAACAGAGCCAUAAAGAUUUAUAAAACCUCCAUCUUAAUGUUUAAAGACCGUGAUAAAUAUGUGAGUGGGGAAUUCAGAUUUCGACACGGCUAUUGCAAAGGGAACCCGCGAAAAAUGGUGAAGACCUGGGCAGAGAAAGAAAUGAGAAAUUUAAUAAGGCUAAACACUGCAGGAAUUCCUUGUCCGGAGCCCAUUUUGCUAAAGAGUCAUGUCCUCUUGAUGGAGUUUAUUGGGAAAAAUGACAUGCCAGCUCCCUUGCUGAAGAAUGCCCAGUUAUCGGAUACCAAAGCCCGAGAGAUUUACUUAGACAUCAUUCAGUAUAUGCGAAGGAUGUACCAGGAUGCCAGGCUUGUUCAUGCAGAUCUCAGUGAAUUUAACAUUCUCUAUCAUAAUGGCCAAGUUUAUAUAAUUGAUGUAUCUCAGUCAGUGGAGCAUGAUCACCCACAUGCUUUGGAAUUUCUUCGCAAGGACUGUGUCAAUAUAAAUGAUUUCUUUGUGAAGUACGAUGUUGCAGUAAUGACAGUACGAGAACUGUUUGAGUUCAUCACAGAUUCAUCCAUUACUCAGGAUAACCUGGAUGCCUAUUUAGAUAAGGCUAUGAAGAUAUCAGUUGAAAGAACAGAAGAAGAAAGAUCAAGUCAAGAUAAGGUUGAUGAAGAGGUGUUUAAGAGAGCAUAUAUUCCCCGAACUCUGAAUGAGGUGAAACACUUUGAAAGGGAUGUUGAAGUAAUGCAGAAGGACCUUUCAUUGAACACCCAACAUGAUAAUAUUCUCUAUCAGACCGUCACUGGCCUAAAGAAGGACUUGUCGGGUGCUGAAAUGAUACCAGCUCUGCUGCAGAGCAUUGAUCACGGGCAACAGGACGACUCUGAUUCAGAUGGACAGAGUGGAGAUGAGUCGGUUUCAGACUCUGAAGAAGUUCACCGGAAAGAUCAGACGCCUAACAUAGAAAUGGAUAAAAAAGAAAAUAAGAAACUGGUGAAAGAAGCACAGAGAGAAAAGAGAAAAAACAAGAUCCCAAAACACGUGAAGAAAAGAAAAGAGAAGACGGCAAAGACGAAGAAAGGCAAAUAAUGUACAGCAAAGUCUAAAGAGUACUUGCUGUGUAAUUUUCCAUCUUACAGAUGAGCUGGCAACAUUUUGCAGUGUGCAUGGACACACAAUUUAUACGAUUCCCAUAGACAUCAGACUUGUACUCUACCUUCAGUUAUGAUGGAUUUCAAUCACUACUUUGAUGUCGUUGAGGCCAAACAGUGUUUGAUUUCUUCAUGUCUCACCUGCUUCAGGAAAAAGCAGACUAAACUGGACAAUUUUAAUUGAUCUUGCUUUGGGACUUGUUUGGAUCAUUUUCUAUCAGUUAGAUCUUACUCAUGCCCAAGGUCUUUGCACUGCACUAUAGACAUAAAUAUUGAAAGAAAUUGCAAAAGGUCAAACUAUAGUAACAAUUCCCAAGGUAACAUAAUUACCAGUGUGUAAACUUUAAUUGGAGAAACAGUUGUGUCAUGUUUAACGUAAUAUACAUAUGACCAAAUCUUAAUGGAGAUAUUUUAAAGAUUUUGAGGAUCAUUGAAAAUUAUGGUUAUAUCUUAAGGAAAAUAUUAUGUGUAAUGACUUGAAACAAUCCAUUUGAAUAGAUAUGUAGUGCAAAUAAAAUGAGCUAAUAUAUAAA